AUGCCCUCACAAACCCUCCUCUCCCUUUCAUGGGGAAUUCGUCGACUAAAUGCCAAUCGCAUCGCCUCAUAUUCAUAUCCAUAUCUAACCGCGACACCUACACUCCGAACGCGAACGUUGUCGACCCUCCCGAACAUCCGCCUCUUCCGCGCUCUUCAGAACCACGAUCCAACCUCACAAGCUGUGAUCCAUAGUGCUUCGUCGCGGUCGUUUACAUAUGGGAAUUUACUCGCGGAUGUACUUGCGGUGAAGGAGAAACUAAGGAUAAAGAGUGGCAGUGGCUCGUUGGCAGGCGAAAGGGUUGCAUUUUUGGCGGAGAAUAGCUAUGACUACGUAGUAACGCUCCUCUCGAUCCUGGCGCACGAUGCCAUCGCCCUCCCCCUCUCACCUGGGUUCCCCGUCGGGGAAUUAAAGUAUAUCAUGGAUAACUCCGGCGCAAGCGUCCUUCUCGCUACAGAGCGGUAUGCGGAUAAAGCGCGCGAAGUUCUAGGUGCUGGACUAGAUAAGCAACCUGUCCUGGAUGUCAGGGAGAAGAUUCUCCGUGGAGGGAGCGUUUCGGAGAAGGUAUCGCUGGAGGAGUUUGGGCAGGGCGUGAAGGGGGGGAUGAUGCUUUAUACGUCUGGGACUACGAAUCGGCCGAAAGGAGUCUUGAUACCCCAAUCCGCGCUCACAGCGCAGGCUGAGUCCCUGAUACAGGCGUGGAAGUAUACCCCCAACGACAGGUUACUACAUCUACUCCCCCUGCACCACAUCCAUGGCACCGUCAACGCAAUCGUCACACCAGUACUAUCCGGCUCCUCAAUCGAAUUCAUGUACCCCUUCAACCCAACAACCGUCUGGAGCCGCCUGGCCGCCCCAUACCUCCCAGACACCAACACCACCAACACCAACGAAACCAGCGCUAACACCAGCGCCAACACCAGCGCCAACAAAGCCAAAAUAACCUUCCUAACCGCCGUCCCCACAAUCUACACAAAGCUCCUCUCCACAUUCCCCUCCCUGCCACGCGAAACCCAAUCCGCGGCCCGCACAGCUAUUUCCCCCGAAACCCUACGCCUGAAUAUCUCCGGCUCCGCGGCCCUCCCGACACCUAUCAAGCAAGCAUGGAAGGAUCUUAGUGCAGGAAAUGUACUGCUGGAGCGGUAUGGGAUGACGGAGGUUGGAAUGGCGAUUAGUUGCGGCCUUGAUUUCACGGAUCGUGUUGAUGGGAGUGUGGGGUGGGCGUUACCCUCCGUCGAGGCUCGCCUGGUCGAUACAGAUACCAACGAGGUAAUCAAACCAGGCGAGGAAAUCGACCCCAUCACCGGACGCGAACGGGAAGGUGAAAUCCAACUCCGAGGACCGUGUCUGUUCAAAGAAUACUGGGGCAAUGAACCCGCUACCACGGAAGCUUUCGUCACCGACCACGACAGUCCGGAAAAGGGGAAGUGGUUCAAAACCGGCGAUGUCGCUGCGAGACGGGAGAUUAGUACCGCUGGAAAAGGUGGUAGUGGGGAGUGGGCAAGGGGACCUAUGUAUUUCAUUCUGGGCCGGCGGAGUGUUGAUAUUAUCAAGACUGGUGGUGAGAAAGUUAGUGCGUUGGAGGUUGAGAGGGAGUUGCUUUCUCUCCCCCAGAUAACCGAAACCGCCGUCCUGGCCCUCCCCAGCGAGCAAUGGGGCCAGAAAGUCGCUGCCGUCGUGGUAUUGCAUCCUGAUGCUGAAACAUCAGGGAAGAAAGGAAAAUGGGGGAUUAUGGAUAUGAGGCGGGCGUUGAAGGAUCGGUUGGCGGCGUAUAAGAUUCCGGUGGAGAUGAGGGUUGUGGAUGCGAUUCCGAGAAAUGCGAUGGGGAAGGUUAAUAAGAAGAUGUUGGUCAGGGAGGUUUUUGGUUGA